GUGUUGCUGAAAGUCAGGAUGACCCCGCCCAAGGACCUCCUCCGGACGACCGAAAGUCUGCCGAAAAUGCGAGGAAGGUAGAAGGCGUCGGAUUACAACGUCGAGAUCAUUCAUCUUCUAACGACAAGAACAUCCUCGAAGAGCGCAAUGCGCUUCACCGCUUACUCACCGACAACGAAGGCCAACUACUUGGCCGACUCAAGAUCAUCGAGCAAAACGACGCGAGGCGAGUGGAACUGCGAGAAAAACUGAAGACGAAUCCACUGGUGGACUACCACGAGGGAUUGGAGACGGAGAAACGAUACUUGAUGACGCGGUUGGAAGAUGCGAAGGAUUACUCGAUGGACAAGAAGCUACUAGUUGCAGGAGAUUCAUAUCUUGAGCACCAGACCACGGAUAAGACAAAAACACCAGCUCAAAUGAUUCCAACCGAUAUGGAUACAGCCUUAGACCUGACACUAGAUGAACAAGGCGGCGUCGCUGCUAUUGUGGAGCACCAUUUGGACGCUUUACGACCUAAACUGGAGGACGAAGCGUUGUCGCAGAAACGGAUUGAGAUGCUCAGUGGUCGUAGUGGACGUCAAUAUCAAAGUACGAAAAAUAGACUUCCAGCAAGUCGUUCAUCAGCAUCGUCACCUUCAUCUUCCGCAUCAUCUGCGUCUGAAGAAGACGACGCGACUAUGCGUUUAUUGCUUCAUCAGCGGAAUCGAGUGGAGCUUGGCCUAGCGCAUAGUGGCAUGGAAACUGCGUUGCUAGGAACCCUUGCAGAAGCAUCCAUGAGCAAGGACCAACAAACUCCAAUAAGAAAUACAGAACAAGGAGAUGAAGGACUUCAACAAGAAGUUGGUUGCCACAGGAGCCUUUUGGAGAAUUACGAAUACCUUCGUCGAUUACAGCGCAAUGAUCCCUCCGAAUUUCCAGUAAGUCCAGUACGACAUCAGAAGAAGUUCAGGAACGAUGACGCAAGGGACUUGGGUGAUGAUCACAUUCUUGCAACGUCAACAGAAAAAGCAUUGGUGGAUUUAAGGCUGAUGAACAUGAGUAGAAGAGGAAGGAAACAAAAUAAUGAUGCUGAAGCACCACAAGCCCACGCAGUAGAGGCUACAGCUGAGGCUUCUUCGAGCAGUACAGGAGCACUCCGACAGCCGCUUGGCUUAGACCUAGAUACGAUCCGUCAUGCAGAAUCGCCAAGACGUCGAAAGCUCUCUCCCGGAUUUGGCUUGAACGAUGAUCGCAACCGAGGUUUUGCUGCUUUUGAGCGGGAACUCAUGUUUCCGUCAGACAGGGAGAAAAAGGUGGAAGUAGACGCACUUGAAGCUGGGGACACACACGAGCAGAAGCACGAUGAAGACGAUGAAGCAAAACGCCAUGAGAAGGAAGAACAAAACAAGAAACAACAAAUGGAAGCAAAGAAAGCUGCAGCGAAGUUGGAGCUUGAAGAGAAAGGCGGUGGAAACCUCCUAUCCAUGUUUACAACUCGAAGAGAUCGAGAUGGCUCACCUGAAGAGGAUCGGAAUUUUCUAGAACGUGUGACAGCUUUCGGCGAAAACAUCAAUGCCGUUGUGGACAACACGCUCACUCGGUUCGAUCAACGACUCGAACGAGCUGGCAAGGUCUUGGACAGAAAGUCUAGGAAACUUGCACAUCAACUGAACCUGGAUCCGCCAUAUAUCGCCGUAGCCAGGAUCAACAAGGAGUUUGAGCCAAAUCGAGAGGAGCGCGAACGCCUAGAAGCUCUCCAAAGACAUGAAAAAAUGGUAGCAAAAAAAGCUUGGGAGCAGCGUGAGUCAGCCUUCGUGGAAGCCGUGGCGGACGACUUGAUCUCUGCGAAAAAGACUGGUCGGAAAGUAGUGAAAACCUUGCAAAGAACUGGCGACGAGAUCAAAGAGACAGCGGGAAAGGCUCUAGGUGAGGUGAAUGUGUUGCCGUACGUGUACAAAAAUGUAGCAGAUGGAAAUUUGCGACAGGUGAUGCGGACAAACCUGCCGAAAAACGCCUACACGGCUUCAAGUAGGGGCUCAUCUACGUCUAGAAGCAGAAAGAAAAAGCGACGUAGUAAAAAUGGAGAAGGAGAAUCCACCGACAUGUCCAAAAAUGGAGAACUAGGGGACGAACUAGACGCAGACAACUACACCGACGGCGGUCCUGGUGUAGAGUUAGAGCCUGGCGAAGAUCGACCUGAAGAUCAGGACAGUUCCGAUGCAUCCUCCUCGCCCCGCAGCCGCAAGGGUCAAAUAAAAGGGAAGAAGGGAAAGAAAGGAAAAAAGAAAGGUGCUGCUGGAGGACAAAAAGGAAAUUCAGCUGAUGGAAAGGGCAAAAAAGGACUCUCUAAGGAGGGCAAAAAACCGUCGUCAAAAAAGAACCAAUCACCAAGAUUUGGAGAACUACAAGGAGGUUCUGACUCAGAUGAAGGAGAAUAAUUCUUAGACUCGUUGGAGUUUGGUACCACUAC